UGUAGAAAAGAAAAUAACUUAACCUAACUUCUGAUAAUUUAGAGCGAUGAUUACUUUUUUGACAAAAAAGUAUCAAAUAAAACCAACCAAUUCCAAUGUUUUCUACUAAAUUAUUAUAAUUUUAAUUAAUUUAUAUAAUUUACAAUGUGCUUUAGUCUUUUACAAAGAAUUUGUCAUUGGGGACCAUUACUUGCUCUAACAAUAAUAAAAUGUGUUACUGGGAUGGCAGUUCAUUGUAGUAGCAUGUGGUGGCCCCCAGAACAUUCAACUGGUGGUCUUAUAAAUUUUUGUACAUUUAUGACAUUAGCCGGGCUUACAUUGUACAAUUUUAUGUCUGCUAUAUUUCAUGGGCCUGGAUUUUUACCAUUAAAAUGGAAACCUGAAAAUGAAAAAGAUUGUGUUAAUUUACAAUUUUGUAAUAUUUGUCAAGGAUAUAAAGCUCCUAGAUCACACCAUUGUCGUAAAUGUGGGAGAUGUGUGCUAAAAAUGGAUCAUCAUUGUCCAUGGAUUAAUGGAUGUGUAGGUUGGGGAAAUCAUGCACAUUUCACAGCAUUUUUAUUUUUUGCUGUUUUGGGCUGUUUUCAUGCAUCCAUAAUUUUAGGCUGUUCAUUAUACCGUGGCAUAAAUCGUGUUUGGUACAUUUAUUAUGGUACUGGAAGAGAACCAGUUGUACACCUUACAUUGUAUACGUUAGUUGCCUGUGUAUUUUCAUUAGGGUUAUCCAUUGGUGUAGUUUUAGCUGUUGGGAUGCUUUUAUUUUUCCAGGUUCGUGCUAUUAUACGGAAUCGCACAGGAAUUGAAGACUGGAUACUUGAAAAAGCCAAUCAUAGGCGUUCGCAUACUUCCGAAAAAUUUAUUUUCCCAUAUGAUCUCGGUGUAAAACGUAAUAUUUGGGAAGUAAUUAAUUUAACUUGUCAACCUGUUGGUAAUGGAAUUUACUGGGAAGUUAAUGAUCAAUCUGAUCAAUUCACAUUAACUAGAGAGCAAAUCGAACAAAAGAAUGAAAAAAGACUUAGGACUAAAAUAUAUAAAAUUACUAGUCCUAUAUCAGGUUCCUGGUUUCCAAUUUCACAAGGUUGGCGAGUAUGUUUGCAACCUCCAUAUUCAGAUGAGCCUCGAUUAAAACUGGACCCCGGAGAUAUUGUUUUUGUUACAAGAUGGAGACGGCAUUGGAUAUUUGGUGAAAAAGCACAAACAGCCGACGAAAACAAUAAAAGUGGAAGAUAUCGGGGAUGGUUCCCACGUCGAUGUGCUGUGGAAAUUAGUGAAGGGGAACCAUCAAAUAAUAAACGAAACUAUAUAGGAAAAAAAGAUGACUAACAAUUAAAUAGCUUUAAUCAAUUUUAUGAUUAAAAUUUAAAACGAAUAA